AUGAGCAUUGAGAAGCAAUUACUAAUGUUCUUGCACACCAUAGGACAUAACCAGCGCAAUCGUGUUAUUGCACAUAAUUUUUUGAAGUCUGGUGAAACUAUUAGUAGAUAUUUCAAUCACAUGUUGUUCACAAUUGGUGAAAUGCAACAUGAAUAUGUGCGGCCACCAAGUUCUCAAACCCCACCUUAUAUAGCAACAAGGAGAACAUUGUAUCCUUAUUUCAAGGAUUGUGUUGGGGCCUUAGAUGGAACACAUAUUCAUGCUUCUGUCCCAGCAUCUGAAGUUGCAGCCUUUCGAGGAAGAAAACCUUACCCAACUCAAAACGUCCUUGUAGUUGUGGAUUUUGACAUUCGUUUUACUUUUAUUCUCACUGGUUGGGAAGGAUUCGUGCAUGACUCUUUAGUUCUUAUUGAUGCACUAGAACGACCCAAUGGGCUAAAAGUUCCCGAAGGAAAAUAUUACUUGGUUGAUGUUGGUUACACCACACGACCCAGUUUUAUACCCCCUUACAGGGGUGUAAGAUUUCACUUGAAGGAGUUCGGCUCCCGAACACCUGCAAACGCCAAGGAAUUGUUUAAUCUAAGACAUUCAUCUGGGCGUACCUCCAUCGAGAGUGCAUUUGGUUCUUUAAAGAACUGCUUCAAGAUCCUCACUUCUAGGCCUUUUUUCCCAUUCAAGACAAAGGUGGAUCUCGUAUUGGCAUGUUGUACCUUACACAACUACAUCCUCACCGGUGGUCAAGAUGAAUUUAUUCCUGUGGAGGAAGAUUGGGUACCACAACGUGUUUCACAAACCACUGCUCGGGACCAAAGAGAAGAAGCACAAGAGUGGGCUGCUCGUCGUGAUCAAAUUGCAAUUGAGAUGUGGGCGAACAAGUAG